CACGCUUUUGAACAUAAUGUAAACAGCAUAACUUUCUGACGCGCGUUCUUGAAAUAUAUAAUUUUAUUUUCUGUGAGAAAUCAGCAUUGUGAUAAGUUAAAAUCAAAAUAGUAACGGGUGAAUUUGUCCAUUGCCUUUGAUAAGCUGAUAAUACAAAGGAAGGAAAUAAAUAAUUACUGGUGGAUGCAUCAGAUUUUGAUUUAGAUUGAGAUAAUGCAUCUGAAAUGUUGUGAAUUUUUAAAGGUGGAUAAUGGAAGCUACAUCUCAACAGAAAUUUGUUUUGUCAAGUGUAAAUUGUUUCAAGGUGACAACAUCACGGUCACAAGACGAUGGUUUGAGAGAAAACAUGGCAAGGCGCUGCUGGCGGUGCUGCAGGAGGCCGUGGGCCUGUACCGGGCCGUCCGGGACGACCCCGUCCAGUGCGACCAGCUUGUCAAGUCUCAGGAGGCCACCGUCAGACACAGCGGACCGCUGAAAAUUGCCUACGUAUUCAAGUCAGCCAGUGAAGGAAGACCACUGGUGCUCGAGCCACGCUCGGAAGUCGCAGAUUGGCCUCUGAGACCAGGUGGCCAGUUUCGGAGUCUCUAUACCAGUGACGUCAUACUGGCGUGUAGCGUGGCGCUGAUUGGCGCAGACGGCGAGGAGGCAGGUCUUGGUCAGCUAGCCCGACCGAUAGGUGCCAGCACACAGCCAACCGUUAGCUCGUACUUCAAGCCAGUUUCGAGUGCGUAACAACCAGUCAUAUUCAGCCUUGGUGUGACAUUUCAGUCGGAUAAUUAUGACUUGUGACUAGUUAUGACUAGUAUCAGUGAUAUGCGUAUGGUUUGCCAUAGCUUUCAAGCAUUUGUAAGUAACAUCAUCCUUUCGGAAGCCAGCCAAAGUGCACUGGCCGUUGUCCUGACCGUGAUAUGAGUGUUCUGCUUAACAUGUCUUGUACAAUAAGCGAUGCAAUUAUUAUCGUUCUGAAGGUGUGUCUUGAACUGGAUAAACCCCAUGGCCAUCCAAGUGACACACUGCGUUGAACUCAUAGAUGGGCUGUAAUGUAGCUUAACCCGGUUGAACCGUGCUGCACUGGCGUUGCCCCAAACACAAGUGGCAGCACACGAUACAGUAAUGUCACAAAAACAUUGAAUCCAUGCCACGCUGUGAGACUUAGCCUGUAGUUAGCAUUCCACGGACGUGAAUGUGCCAUAGAUGCCUUUAAGAUCAUGUUGGGUAGCCUUUGGCUGAAAAAUACGGAUGCUCGACGCCUAGUGGAGAAUCACGGACUCAUUACACCUGGUCAUCUCCCUAGACUAGAUAUCUGGUGCUGACUUCUGCAAAGUGAUUUUGAUGAUUCUUGCAACAGUGGUAUCACGAUUCCGUCUUGAAGUGCUUUUAUUCCAUCUUUUUAAUGAAUCUAUGUUCAAAAGUUGUCAAUAUCCAGACUGGACGGGAAUGUUAAUACAAUGUCGGAAACGUU